AUGUCGUGCAUGACAUCUCUCUCCUUCAGCAAUGUCGGCGUGCUUCGCCGAACUGCGGCGCACCCUGGACCGUUCCCACUGUCCCCCACGUACGUGGAGCUGACACCCGGCGUGUACCUCGUUGCCUCAGUGAACACGGCUAGGGAUCAAUGCACGCUGGAGCUCCUCGUUGGCGGCGUCGCUGCAGCCCCGACCUCCCCAACCGCCGCUUCCACUCACCAAACAACAACGUUGGAUAACCAGAAGACGUUAGAUGCUAUUCGAAAAACGUUCCGUUCGCCGAUUGUUCUGCAAAUACUCAAGGAAGAGGGGGCCAUCACAGCUAUCGAGUUUGCCCGGGACUGGAGGAAAUUGCCAGGUGGUAGAGAGCAGCCGCUUGGGUGGAGACGGUCCUUAGGCUCGUUUUAUGUGCAUCUGUUCAUUGGUACAUCUAACGGUACGGUAUUCAUAUGUAAUGCGCUGCGUGGAACAAUCAUGGCGGUGGCGCAGUUUCAGUACCACGGAGACUUUGCUCAGGAACGUCCUGAAUCUUCCCGAAUGAUUCCAUCGGCAAGCCGUCACACCAAUGAGGCGGUGGUUCGAUUUGCUGUCCACGCCACGGGACCAAUGACGCGGCUCAACCCUAACGUCACACAAAGCGUGGCUGCUGCGCAGGCGGGGACCCUGCAUGCUGUGUGCGUUGUACAUAGUAAGGGGAGGGUUGUGAUGCUUGGUAGGGCCGUGCUUGAUAUUUUUCUCUCCAAGGCGGAGCAGCGACUCGAUGGGAAGCGACCGUACAUAUUUCUCGAAUGGUCGCCUGGUAGCAGCGUAAGCUCGUUUCCAGUUGCAGGGCCUGCAGUUGAAUUUGCUUCACAGGUAGAGAGUGUCUUCAUCAUGAAAGAGGAGAAUCGAUACUCUGUCGUGGAGCUACAGACGCGGAAGACGGCGUCUACUGAGAUUGAACGCCGCAUCAAUGACGCUGCCUUCUUCUUAAGCAGCCGAGGUGACACCACAGAAGUUCUCCGUAACGGCCCACAAGCCGUGGAGUCGCUUUUCUUGUGUGGCGAGACACCAGCAUGCGUGAUGUACACAUUUGAAAGCGAGCGCGCUGCGUUUUCUGCGCGACAAACCGUACGGGCUGUGAUGUCGUUAAUAGGUGGGAUGACGCGACGAAUCUGGCGGGGAUCUGCUGAAGAGGAAGAGGCACAGGUAGUGAACCCAAAGCACAUUGCCAAGAAGCCACAGAGUACCAAGGAUGCCUUCUUAGAGGCUGAUAUUGUAUUCAAUGUGGUGCAGGUAGAUCCAACUUCCCAAUGGGCUGCCUGCUACAGUGAAGGCGCUGGUCGCAUUUACCUGUAUGACCUAAGGGGUGGCGUGGUGUGGCGGGUAAUGAAAGGCUGCCGCUCUGCAGAGUUCCAUUGGCAGAUGGCAACCAUCAAGGGGAAACGUAUGCUGCUUCUCGUCGUGCAUCUGCUUCUUCGGCAUGCAGUGGAGGUGUACUCACUGCGCUUGGGGCGGCGCGUGGCAGCACGACACGUCCCUCACGGGUCCAUUUUACUUCGUCCGGACUCAUCUUUGUUGCUGUCAUCAUCAUCAUCGUCGUCUUCAUCAUCAUCAUCAUCAUCAUCAUCAUUCGCAUCGUCUGUGUUGCUGCUCUGCCCCUCCGGUCAGGUGGUGCGAAUACAGAUGGAACUGGAUAGUUAUGAAGAAGGCUCCCCUUCUUCAGGUACACCACCGCACGUUUCACAAGCCUCAGUGGCAAAUGGCGAGCGGCCCUCCACUGGUGCGGCACGCGGGAGCGGGAGACGAAUGAUGCCGCAUGAAAUUCUUAUGGCUUCGCUUCGUCUUCCACUGCCGAUACCUGUCACAGACGACCACCUCUUUGCGACGUUUUGCUCACAGAUGGAGGGGUUUGCCAAUACCAUCAGGUCUGACUUCUCGCCGGGAGUUUCCGAUGACCGCUGCCUUCCAAUGGGGGUGGCAACAAGAGUAGAAAAUGUUCCUUGUGACGUAACUGCGGCACAGUGCCUCAAUUAUGUGGAGCUGCGACUUGCCUGCGUGGUAAAUUACCGUCGCGCUAUGAUUGGUGGUAAAGCACCACCAUCCCACGUAAGUUUGUUGACAUGGAGCGUUGAUGCUUCCCCUUCUUCUAAUGAAGGGCAACCCCAAACCUUACUUGAGCGAGCGGUGCAUGUGGUGACAACGACGCUUCUCACUGAGAACGAUGGAGAGUUCAGAAACCUUACCGAGAAUGUGGUGCCCUCUUUAAAACAGCUCAUGGGGGAGCACAAUGAUGGUGCAUUGGCAAAGAACUGCACGGAAGUCGCCCCUAUUGCUCUUGAUGUCUUCUUAACCCUGUUCCACAGUGGGGGGUAUAAAUUACAGUUUCUGCGGGAGUCAGUGCAACAGCACGAAUUCAGGAACUCGGCAACAGAUGAUAUAUGGUCUCAAAUCGGAGCCGUGUUUUACGGCCGUGGUCGCGGCAUUGGCUGCUUGCCACAACAGUUGGAGAUAUUUGGCAUGCUGGGAUUUCAAACCGUGGAUGUUGUUGUGACUUCCUUGUGUUGGUUGUGUCGAUCUUUCACGUAUUCACCGACGUCGGCUUGCUUAGGUUCACUUUCAGACCUCGUGUACUUGUUAAGUAUGUGCUCUGAUUCGGUGUUCAUUACUGGAGUUGAACACAUUGUGUCUCUGAGGAGUGAAAAAGCUGACAACCACUGGCGUGUGGAAGCUUGUGUACUUUUGAUGAUUUUCUGCAUGAUUGUCCGUCAGGGAGUGAAGCCGGUUGACCAGGCCCACCGUAGUCGCUAUGUGCGCCUGUUGCAGCAGUUGCUAGCGCUGUGCAAUAUACUACAUCGCUGUGAAAGUUCGUUUCUGCGGUAUGCAUCUCCUUCCCCGAGGUGUGGAUGCCAAACAAUACGAAUUGGUGGGCUACUACCACAUAAGAAUGGAGACACACUAAACGUGUACUUUUUCAAGUUAUACUCUCCUCCUCUUGCUGCGAUUCUGUGCGAAAACAUCAUUGGCAACGAUGAUCUCAAAAGUGCACUGGCUGGGGUGGACAUGGUGAUGCUACUAAAAUUGCUUUUUAUUCGUGAUGGCAGUCUCGAUUGGACUUUGGAAACACCAUGGUACAAGGAUGGGACCUGGAAUCAUGUCGAAUUCUCACGCAUCGUAUUGCAGCCUCUUAAUACAGCUGCUGCUGCGUUUUUGGUAGAGACACCGCAAGGGGAGCAUUGGGUUCACACAGCCACACCACAGCAGCAGGCGGGACUAUGCACAUUGCUCAUGACUGCGUUGAUAGUUCUUGAGCGAGAGCUUGCACCUCUGCGGGAGGAACCACUACCGUUCUUGCAAAAGUGUGCGUCACCGGACGCCAACUUAUUUGAAGUGGGCGAUAGAUCUUUAAAUGAUCGGGUGAGACACCCCAAAGGGAGCCGCUCUACGCGGGACUACUUCAAUGGCUGUCGGAAGCUGUUAUCUUUGACUCAGCAAAUGAUCCUGCAACUAAUAGGAGCGUCUGACAGUGGUAGUUGUGAGCGAAUAACUCUGGCAACGCUUCAGUUGAUGUCGUACGACGACGCUGCCAUAUUUCAACUUGUACCCUCCAUGCUUCGUCUCGAAUUAAAGGGUUUUGUGGAACUACUUCCGAAGAACCUUGAAGUAUUUCUCCAACGUAUUCGGGAGGCAAGCUCCUUUAUGGAUAUCGUCAUGUUCCUUGCCUUCACGGGAGCUGGCGCCAUUAACCUCUUGUCUGCGCCGGCGUCACUGUCGAUUCCAUGGGCCUCAAUGUAUGAGGCGAGGGAGACUAUGCUGUGCUUGUUGCCAAGUGCCAUGACCACAACGGAGUUAGGUGAUGAAAUAAAUGAAACCAGGAUGAUAGCGCGGAGUGCCUUUUUAAAGGAGUUUGUCGUUGCAAACAUCCUGAACACACACAAAGAAGGGCACGAUAAACUCACUGAAAAACUAUCUAUCUUGUUGGGUCUGAGUGACAUCAUUGGUGAUAUGCCACAGCUCGUCCUGCUAGACGCCGCGGCGAGGCAGCUCGCUCCAAAUGAUGAAGUGAACCGACUGCUGAACAGUGUGACAAGUCGACAUCUCGCUGCUCGCAGCGCAGCAGCGAACUUCCGAAUCAUUAUCGCCUGCUGCUUUAAGUACUACGCCGAUGUGAAGAGGGAGAUACCGAAGGACAACCGUCGUGAGGUGCAGCGGGUUGCGCUGAAGCUUCAGAGCAUGGGGGGCGCCAUGUCAGAGGAGUGCCGGCACUGGAUACGGUCCAUCGGCGUGAGGAGGGGUACGAGCGCCGACGAAGGGUGGGAUGAAGAGGAGAAGGAAAAGGGGGGGACACGGUUACUUGAACAUCGACUGGUGUCACACUCGAGCUGGUACACACCACAUGAUAUCAGUGUGGCUGAGCGGAAGGUUUGCGAACGACUGAAGCUGCAGCGCCCCUCAGCAGAGGUGCUCGACUUCAACGCGCUUCUCCUCACGUUGGCACGUGCCGCCGCGGAGGGGAAAUCGUCGCUUCCGAGUAGGCUACGCCGCAUUGCUGCAGAGCUUCCAUCCGUUGCAACUUCACUCAACGCAGUGCUCUAG